CUGGUGGAACUUGGAACCCGUAUCCAGGCACCCUGGUGACCCACAAACACUCUUUCUGUGGUUACUUCCCUUCCUCACCUGGCACGGAGGUGGCAGCAUGAGGGCUCUGUGUGCCAGGGAACAGGUGGGCAUGGAGGAGCAGGCAGUCAGUGGCAGCAUGGCCAGAAAGGGCCCAGGGAAGGAUGCGGGCAGCACAGAGGCAGCAGUCCCUGCACCAGGCAGUGUGGGUUGUGCACAGCAUUUGGCCCCACUCAUCUGCUCCACGGUUGGCCUCAACCAGGAUAUCUUCAAAAUUUGCAAGGAGUACUUGAGGCCCUUCAAGAGGUCACUCAGGAAGCUGCACUUGCCCCAGCACCUCUCCAGGAAAAAGAAAGUGAAGUACAUGAAAGAAAGUGUGACUGUGAUCGGGGACCGCAUCGACUUGUUCCUCCAGCAGCACUGCAGAGCCUCGGAGGUCCGGCACUGGAAGAAGAUGCUGUGGAGGUUCGCCUCCCUCUUCUCAGAUAAGGAUGAAAAGCAGCUGCAGAAGCUGUAUAAGUACAUCAAGAGAAACAAGAUGCAAAAGUUCCAGCUGUUAUGCUGUCCUUCAGAAGGUGAAGAUUCACAUCCUGAAAGAAAGCUGAAGGAAACCACUGGGAGUGGCUGGGCAGCAGCUGUGGAGGUAGCAGCCACAUCAACACCCCCUGUGCCACCGCCCAGCAGUGAGUGCCACUGCCACAGUCAGGUUCUCAGACAGCUUCAGACACCAACAGAAAGAAAAAUUAACACUGGAUUUUCACGCAGUACAUAGGACAGAAAGCAUGGACUGGAGUCUGCCUUUGUGGUUUCCUGAAACUGCAGGAUGCUGCAAUACUUGCAGCGCCAUAGCAACAAGCUUUCACCCAAGCAAAAUGAAAAUGCUGUUUAAAA